AUGCCAGACACCCCAAUCAAAUCCACUCUCCGCACCCUCCCCGUCCUAACCGGUCCCUUCCCCAACACGUCCUCCAACCCCGAUGAAUUCCCACCCACGCCCCAAGAAACUUUCCAAACAUGGCUCUCCCACGCCAUAUCCUCCCAAAUCCCCGAACCUCACACCAUGACCGCCUCCACAACCGAUGAGCACAACUACCCAGACGCCCGGGUGCUUAUCCUCAAGAACCUCGAUGAGCGCGGGUGGCAUUUUGCCGCGAAGGGCGGGAGUCCGAAGGCCAGACAGCCGCAUGGGAAUCGGAAUAUGGCGUUAACGUUUUAUUGGCCGGGCGUUGGGAGGCAGGUUCGUGUUAGGGGGAGGGUGGUGGUGUUGGGUGAGGAGGAGUGUGGUGAGGAUUUUGGGGAGAGGUCGUUGGGGUCGAGAGUUAGUGCGAUGGCGUCGGUGCAGAGUCGGGUGCUUGAGGAUCGGGAAGUGCUCGUGAGGCGUGCUGCGGAGGUAGAAGAAGCUAUGGCGAGUGGGAAGGAGGAUGAGGUGUCGAUGCCGGAGUGGAAGGUGUAUGCUGUUGAUCCUGUGGCGGUUGAGUUCUGGCAGGGGUCUUCUGAUCGGCUUCAUCAGCGGUUGCAGUAUGUUCGAAAGGCAGAUUGUGCUGGCUGGGUGAAGGAACUGUUGUGGCCAUGA